CUACAGCAUCUUAAGAAUCCCGUGAGCGGCUAUAGACAUGAAGACUCCCGAUAACACCAAGAUCUGGACGCCUUCCUGGAAAUUCCUGAUUAUUACUGUCCUCCUAGGAGCCAAUAUUGUUCUCAUCCGUAUUAUCGAAGCACUUGCUAAGCACUCUGAAAUUCUGCAUGAGCUCUGUAUGAACAGCAGUAACAUGCCCGGAGUUUGUCAGCGCCUUUAUAACCACCAUCCAACAAAACAAAGUAUCACUGAAUGUAAAGAACUACGUCAGGAGCUCUGUGUGAACAACGCUGACAGUGCUUCAGGUUGUCUUCUGUGUCCUAAUGGUUGGAUUCUACAUGGAGACGACUGUUAUUACUACUCAGAUGUAACAGAGAGAACAUGGAACCAGAGCCGGGAUCAGUGUGAGAAGAUGGGAGCUGAUCUACUGGUCAUAAAGAACCAGGAACAGCAGGAGUUUAUACGGAGAGAUCUCAGACAGCGGAGAGAGGACACAUACUGGAUAGGACUUCACCAUGAUGGAGACGGCUGGAGAUGGGUGGAUGGAGAACAUUAUAACAGCGGCUUGAUCCAGAUACAAUCAUAUUCAUCAGGACGCUGUGUAUCAAUGACUGAUUCUGGUUAUUAUCAGGAGAACUGCAGAUCUCCUAACAGAUGGAUCUGUCUGAAGAAAGCCGUGAGGAUCUGACCUUUAUGUAAUGUACAUGAAGCUGAAUAAAGUUAUAAAAACGUUCCAUUAGAUCUGUG